ACCUGAUUAAACUCACCUGGCGGCGUCACGGCGGCGGCUCGUGCUGUCUGAAGCGGACCGUGUUAGCCGAGUUUACCGUGAAUGUUGAGCAGAGUUUUCCGGCGGCGGGAUGCAGAAAGGCCUGAAGAAGUACUUCGUCAACAUGGACGAGUACCUGUGCAGCCUGGGCCUCUACCGGAAGAUGGUGGCCCGGGACGCGUCCAGCCUGUUCCGGGCCGUGUCAGAACAGUUGUAUUUCUCGCAGAACUACCACCAGAGGAUCCGUCAGGACUGCGCCAACUUCAUGAGAGCCAACAGGAGCAACUUUGAACCGUUUGUUGAAGGUUCAUUUGAGAAAUAUCUGGAGCGUCUGGAGGACCCCAAGGAGACGGUGGGUCAGGUGGAGAUCAAGGCUCUGUCUCAGCUCUACAGGCGUUGUUUCCUGAUCUACCGUUACCCGGGGAAACCAGCCACGGUGAUCUCGGAGGCCGACUUCGUUGACAAGGUGACACUGUGUUGCUCCAUCAACGGUCACUAUGACAUCGUUUACCCGAGGAGUUACCCCGCCUCCGCCGCCCUCUGUCAGUCGCUCCUGUACGAACUGCUCUACACUCAGGUGUUCGGGUUGGAGGAGGCGGAGCUCUGUCAGGCCAUGGAGGUCUUCAAGGUCGGAGGUCGUCGCUAUAGAAACAGCCCAUCGAUGUGUAGUGACAUCGACAUCGGCUACGACACACCUGAGGACCGCGGCCACAGGGACGAGUCUGAACCGGGUGGAGCUGCUGAGGAGAAACUCCGAGCUGGGACAGACGACACAAAGCCUCCUGCAGAUGCCCCGCCCCCCUCCAGACUGUCUCUUCCUUACAAAGUGAUGAAGUCUCUGGACGGAGAGGUUUACAGGAACCUGGAGUUUGACGUCUGGCAGGACACCUGCAAAGAGAUGCAGAAGACCGACUACAUGGUGUUCGCAGGGAGGCAGUACUUCCUCGGAGACAAGUGUCAGGUGCGUCUGGAGCCGAAGGGGAAGUACUACAACGCCUUCAUCCAGGAAGUAGGAACGCACUCUUCAGCAGUCACCGUCUUCAUUGAGGAGCUGGGAGAGAAACACCUGGUUCCUCUGACUGAUCUGAAACCGGUGAAUCCAGUUCCGGCCUGGAACGUUGCUGCUCCUGCUAGAAAAGGAGAUCUGGACUUGGACUCUCGUGGCCAGCGUCAUCACCGCCAUCGGUAUUUCAGGAAGUCUCGCGGCAGCAGUGGAAUGAAGGGGGCGGAGCUGUUGAUGCCGUUACCGUCCUCUUACGGAGGGCCCCCCCCCUCCGGCUUGCCCCCCCGCUUCCAGCCAGGAGGUCACCCCCGCCCGCCUCCUCCCCCAUCACCAGGAUCCAUGACUUACGAUCCCUACGCCCCCCCACACCACCACCACCACCCCACAGCCAGACCGCCUCGCUACGGGGCCUCCAGAAGCUCCACCCGUUUCCUGAACCGUCACCUGAUUGGUCCACAGUUGACCUAUUACCACCCUGGCAGACGGUAUUACCACGACUACGACAACUACACCUUCAGGUCACGGCGCAGUCGGCGUCAGCUGGCGGCUCUGAAUAAAGAGUGUCAGUUUGGUUUCUCUGCGGAGUCGGAGGAGCAGACGGACCUGGACGCCACCAUCACGUACUACCAGCUGGACGACGGCAGCGACGGCGUCUUCCCUCCACUGCAGGGCCCACCGGUGGCACCCCCCCAAACCAUGGGAGCCCCGCCCCCUCCCCCUGGCUCCUCCUACAGAGUUCAGAGAGGGUCAGGCCCCCUCCCACCUGCACCUCCACCUGGAAACACCCCUGUCUGUUCAUCAGAGGAGGACCAGGAGGACACGAGUACUGUGGAGGACCAGGCUGAGUACACAGAGGAGUACAUCUACAUCACUCAGGAUCAAAGCUACCAGACCUCCGGGGUCUACGUUGGAUCUGAGCCCUCCACCAACCAGGACGAGCAGGAAGGAGGCACUGCAGAGACUCCACCAAGACCAGAGAUCAACUACAGCUACACACAGCAGGUAGUGAAGCCGUUGGCGGCCAUCUGCUCUUCACCCUCCUCUUCCUCCUCCUCACACUCUUCUCCAUCAUCACGUGCACCUGCAGCUGCUCACCUGCCAGCAACACAGACUCGCUCGGUUGCCAUGGCGAUCCCCGCCACAUCUCCCUGGUUGGUUAAUGAGCUGGGGGAGGCGCUCUGCACUGUGGUAGCUCCGCCCCCUUACUCCUAUGAUCCUAACGGCAGCGAUUUACCCCGAGACUGCAGAGUCCUCCAGUAUUACUUCAACCUAGGAGUCCAGUGGUACAAUCAGAGCUGUUGGCAGCAGCAGCAGCAGGCGUACCCCGCCACCUCGCCGGAGGCCUCCUACACCUACCAGCACUACACACCCUACCUGAGCCAGGACCCCCCCCUGCAUGCUGCCCCUCCUUCAUACCCUGAGACGACUCGAGGACCCCAUCAUCAGCCACCCUCCUACCCAGAAUCCACCAGGGCAGGAGACGGACCGACAGACGUACACAGCAGCGGCCCCGCCCCCUCUGUGGAAGGUUCCUCCAACAGCCCCGCCCUUCCAGGCUCCGCCCCAUCCUCUGGUCUGCUGUAUACGGAUCAGCCGCCCAUGCCCCCUCCUCCACUGCUGCACCUGCCAUAUGAAGCUCCGCCCCCAGCCACCUACCUGCCAUCCGCCCCUCCGCCUCCCCUUUCUCACCCCGCCCAUCUCCCCCAUCACUCCUCCUACCACCCGUGCCUCCCCACCUCCACCCACUGGGGGGCGCUACAGACCGGAGGCCACGCCCAGCGAGUAUACUGCCCCGCCCCCAGCACCGCCCACAUGGUGGGCUACAUCACGGGCCCGCUCGCCCACCACACGACCACGCACUACCUCCCCCCCGCCAUCUAAUGCACAUGCUCUGCUGAAACCUCACACCUCCAACAUACAUCGCUUAGCUUACGGCUAACAACACUGUGUGUUCUCAAUGGGCAACGCUAACAGAGCUAACAAGUCCUGCGGGAGAACCUUGUAUCUCCCAAACAUUUUCCUGCGUAUGUGGAAGCUUUCGAGAGGACGAAACGCAGAACCGUUCUUAAAAAAAAUAAAUAAAAAAAGUUAAUGUUGAUGAUAAAUGUUAAAGUGCUGAUUGGCUUCCUGUGUUAGCAUGUUAGCUUCGCACUGAGGAUACGAGUUCUGUACAUGCUAGCUGUUAGCUAUUAUGGCCUUUUUUUGAAUAAUUGCCCCAAAUCUUUAUUUACAACAGUGAAAUACCUCAAACACAACACGUCUGCCUCACAAUCACUUCCUGUUCACCAUGUUUGUUUUUUAACUUGUUAGCGAGCAGCUCGUUAAAGCGGAACAAUCGAGUCCCUGCUGUUACCACGGCAGCACGGGUGACGGCGUCCUCGGUUGCAAACAAUGCCAGAUUUUUGUUUUUGUUAGUUGUCAGCCGGCCAAUCAGAGAAAGGGGGCGUGGCUGCAGGCUCGGCGCGGUCAGUCCCUGUUUAUUGAUGAGGGGAUAUAUUUCUGUUCAAACUGGUGGUUUGUUUGUUUUUGUUACUGGGUGAAUAAAGUUUUUUCACAGCAGGAA